CAGGAUGCUGCGAAUCGCUGUUGUGCUGUGUGUGGUGGCCUCCUCCAUGGGCUUCAUGAUGCCCGAGGCUAUGCUUAAGAAGUAUGCAUACAUGAAGAUCAUGAAGAGCUGCCUGGGCGAAGAGAAAGUCAUGAGUUGGAUGUUUGAAAUGAAGAAGGCCAUGGCAGAGUGCGGGGGCGAAUAUGAUGAAUACUUGGAAGAACUGAGGCUCAGGCCAAAUUAUAUCCCUGUUUACGUCAAUGCGCCCUUCAUGUCCCACUUUCCGCAGCCACCUUCCCAGGGCAGGACGAAACGUUUCGUCGACUUCGAGGCUGUAGAUAUUGAGGGAAUGAAGGAAAGCAUGCAGUCCAAGAUCAACAACAUCACCUGCGCUCUCCAGAAACUCGAAUACAUUAAUGAAGAAGGGGCAGUUAACUACGAUUUGUUCAAAGAGGAAAUCGAAGACUUGAACGUCAACAACAUGCUCAAAGCCGACCUUCUGGAGGCCGUGGACAUGUGCGAGAGCUUCAGCAGCUGCAUGCCCACGGAGCAAAGCAAGCACCCUCUCAUGCAGCAGCUGGGAUCCGCCAUUAGCUUCAUGAAAUGCUGCAGCAUGAAGAAGCUGAUGAUGUGCAUGAAGAACGACUUCCGUACAUACGCCGCUCAAAUGGGUUACAAAGGACCCCUCGAUGAAGCAAUGGAGCAGGUUCCUAGCAAUCUUGAAGAGCUAUUCGAUAACCUCAUGUAAGAGGAAGCUGAUGGAAGCGUGUCCUGUUUUCACGAGGGUUUGUUUCAGAUGAGUGAAUGUGUUUUGUCUUUUAUUUUCACUCAUCUGAAUAUUCUCUUGCGAUUAAUUGGAUAGGGAAUCUUGACCUGGAAUGGCUUGGAUUUUUUUUUAUAAAGUUUGACAAUUAUUUCAUCAGGGAACGGUAAAGAAAGCGAAUGAGACAGAAACAUUAUCCAUUUGUUCUUAUAGGAAACGAUGAAAAUUGCCAUCGAUAUAUGUCAUUCAAAGAUCUUCAAAAAUAAUCUCCCUUCUCCAUGCCCUCACCCACACAUUUGGUUGAUGAAAAUUCCCCGAAAGUGUUGUGAUAUUCAGCCACGAUAGUUCGAGGGAAAUUUACAACAAGCAGCACGCAGAGUUAUGCAAUUUAGCAUCUUUUCUCGUGCAUUGCAUCAGUGAAGAGUAGACGUUAUUCAUGAUGAAAAAAUAAAGUACUGACACUUA